CAUUUCUUUUACCGAUUUGACCAAAUUGCCCUAAUCCUUGUGCCAAGUUUCAUAUGUAGCUUGUACAUAUAAAAGGGGUAGCAAACUCAAAAACCCUAACUGCUUCACAACCCGCCUCAGAUCGUCGCUCUACCACUUCUCGUUCAGAGGUAAUGGCUCCUAAUACUGGAUUAUCUGUGGGAUUGAACAAAGGGCAUGUAGUGACCAAGAAAGAACUAGCACCACGCCCUUCCGACCGCAAAGGAAAAACUAGCAAAAGGGUUUCCUUUGUGAGGAGUUUAAUCAGGGAAGUUGCUGGUUUUGCACCUUAUGAGAAGAGGAUCACUGAACUUUUGAAAGUUGGCAAGGACAAGCGUGCUUUGAAGGUGGCCAAAAGAAAGCUGGGCACACACAAGAGAGCUAAGAAGAAGAGAGAGGAGAUGUCCAGUGUACUCCGAAAGAUGAGGGCCGGUGGUGGUGCCGAGAAGAAGAAGUGAGAAACCAGUUACUUGGAAGUUCAUUGUUUCAUGUUCCAGUAGAAGUUAGUAACUAGAGGCGUCUGCUAUGUUUUAUUUAGACAUUGGAGAUUUUAUUCCGAACAUGUUUUGUUUUAAUGGGAGCUAAUGAUGUUCUUUUCUUAAAAUAGUUUAUAGUCCACAACUAUAUUUUGUGCCAUUUACUUUUGGAUGUGAAAUGCAAUUUUAAUUUUCCGGUGAA